AUGUGUCAAUAUAAAAUUAAUUAUUAUCAUCAAGAUCAUUUAUCUUUAUAUGAUAUUAUUCAUGAUUAUUAUUGUACUUAUGAAUAUAAGCCUACUAAUUUCACCUGUUAUAUUCAUUUACAAUGUAAUCGUGGUCCUUCUGUAGCAUGUUUAGAUUGGAGUGAAAUUUGUGAUGGA